AUGGAUUUCCUGCUACCCAUAAGAAGUCCAGAUAGGAUGGCUUCCUCCAGCUCUGAGCCUCUUCUGGGCAAUCACAGCAGCUGCACCAGGCACCACUACCAUGGCGUCAAAAGAAAGCUGCGGCCUGGACGGAUUCUAGGUUUCAUUAUCAGUAUGGUGGCAGUCUGCACAUUCUGUUCAUGGAGUGCCUUGUCGCUGGUCACAACGGUGACCAAGGAGCUGGAAUCGUCCGCCGAGGGCUCAGCGGAGUCGGCAGUGCCCCAAAGAACUCUUCUGCAGUACCACAACCUCUCCACCACACCAGAAGACACACCGGUGGCCAUGAAAUCAUCAGAUAUGUUAGAGAUGAACCACGGGGACUACCCAACGGACUACUUCAGCGUGGAGGAGAGACGCCAGGGCUAUGUGGUUCUUCAUAUGUUUGGCAUGUUGUACAUGUUCAUAGCCUUAGCCAUCGUCUGCGAUGAGUUCUUUGUUCCUGCGCUCACUGUCAUCACAGAGAAGCUGCAGAUCUCUGAUGAUGUAGCAGGAGCCACAUUCAUGGCAGCAGGUGGCUCAGCCCCAGAGCUCUUCACCUCCGUCAUAGGAGUCUUCGUCUCCCACAGUAACGUUGGUAUUGGUACGAUCGUGGGCUCGGCCGUCUUCAACAUCCUUUUUGUGAUUGGGAUGUGCGCCCUGUUCUCCAAAGAGGUUUUGAACCUCACCUGGUGGCCUCUGUUCAGAGACGUCUCGUUCUAUAUCAUUGGCCUGCUCAUGCUCAUCUAUUUCUUUCUGGAUAAUCAAAUCACACUGAGGGAAAGUGUUAGCCUGCUGAUGUGCUACACCUGCUACGUGACGUUCAUGAAGUUCAAUGCAAAAGUAGAACUUGUCAUCAAAUCCCUCCUGGGCAGCAACCAGGUGGACGAGCUGGAGACUGCACCAAAGGUAAAUGUACCUGGAGAUGAUGAGAACAAGCUGACGGCCAAACCAAGGCUGCAGAGGGAAGGCAGCUGCGCCUCUCUACACAACUCACUGAUGAGAAACAGCAUUUUCCAGCUCAUGAUCCACACUCUCGACCCUCUCAGUGAUGAAGCUCGUUUCAAAGAGAAGGCAUCGAUCCUUCACAAAAUGGCCAAGCAGAAAUGUAAAGAAGAAGCUGCCAACGGUGUAGGAGCUGCUCCCCAGGCACAACCUCCAAGAAAUUCUGAUAAAAACAUCCCCAACAGUUCAAACGUUGCAGUGGAAGUCACACCACCCAUGAACGGUGUUGCGGGAGGAGACGAGGGUGGUGAGGAAGAGGAGGAUGAAGACCAGCCUCUGAGCCUUGCCUGGCCCGACACCACCAGGAAACAGCUCACCUACCUCUUCGUCAUGCCCAUUGUCCUUCCACUGUGGCUCACACUGCCCGACGUCAGGAGAGAGACCUCAGAAAAGUUCUUCCCCAUCACUUUCCUCGGCUCCAUUUCUUGGAUUGCUUUCUUCUCCUACCUUAUGGUGUGGUGGGCUCACCAGGUUGGAGAAACAUUCUGGAUCACAGAGGAGAUAAUGGGUCUGACCAUUUUAGCUGCUGGCACUUCAAUCCCUGACCUGAUCACCAGUGUAAUUGUAGCCCGAAAGGGCCUUGGUGACAUGGCUGUGUCCAGCUCUGUGGGCUCCAACAUCUUUGAUAUCACUGUGGGUCUGCCGUUCCCCUGGCUCCUCUACAACAUCCUCAAUGACUUCAAGCCGGUGGAGGUGAGCAGCAAUGGCUUGUUCUGCGCCAUCGUCCUUCUCUUCCUCAUGCUCCUCUUUGUCAUCAUCUCCAUCGCGGCUUGCAAGUGGAGAAUGAGCAAGUUCCUGGGCUUUUUGAUGUUCCUGCUCUACUUCGUAUUCCUCAUUGUCAGCGUCAUGCUGGAGGACAAAGUGAUCAUCUGUCCUGUCACCAUCUGAGAGCGAGCAACACCCUCUGAGUAUCCCAAAGCAGAAAUUAAGCAUAAAUGCGCUCACGUGUACCGUGAUUUACUAUAGGAGUGAAAAUAAACAGACACAAGCUGUCUUUUAUCAGUCUCACUUACAUACACAGUAGAAAAUGCGCACACACAGUCAAGUGACAGGUGAAAAAAAACACACACACCCAAACACACCCACAGUUGUGGAUGCCAGUUAGGCAGAGGCACUGACCUAAAUCAACGCUUAAAAUUCAGACCGGUGCAUCACAGCUGUUCAGCAGUGGCAUUCUACAAGUCUGUAUAUCAAAAAUGGACUUAAUGCCACCCAGUAGGAGGGACUCCUCUCUUUUGUACCAUGUGACUACAGUCAGUAGCUGCUAUUGGUUGAAACCUAAAGGACAACAUUUGUGAACACCACCUCGAUGGAAAUUUGAAUUGAAGAUCACCAGAGGAUGUUUUUUUUUUCUUUUUUUUUCAACUAAAGGACCGAGUGGCAGUAUAAGAAGUACCUCCGCUACUCAUGCAAGCAGCCAAGUUAAGCAUAUAAACUGAACAUGUGGGCUUAAAGAGACUUUAUUUUUGUGUUGUUUUAUGGGGCCACAAAGCUCUGGAAAGAUGCUGAAUGUCAUGGGGAAAAAAACAGAAAGGCCCAAGGCAACACAUACGUGUGAUAGCUGCUUUAUAUACCUUUAGAUCUUAAAUAUGUUCAUUCCACUUCCUGUAUGGCUUUGCUGUGUCACUGAAAGAGAAAUAUCCAGUGUUAAUAACGUGUUCAUAUACCGUACAUUUGAGGACAUAUUUGGCAGAAAUGGUUACUUUACAUCCCAUUCAUGAAUAUCUAUGAUAAGAUACAUAAAUGCUAAAUAGUUACAAUAGCGCAUACACAGAUAGAAUGGACCUGAGAUGUUUUAUCGUGCUCAAAAUAUCCCAACUUUCUUGUUUCAGGUUUUUCAUAUAAUAAGCUUGUGAGCAUGAUUUUUUCUGUCUGUCUGUCUGCCUUUACAUGCACCACUUUAGAGGGAGAUUACUUUAGUAUCCUGACUAAAACUGGAUGAUUUUGUGCAUAAAAAUGUAAUAAACAAGUCAGUGUCACAUUACCCAGUAGAUGAUGCAGUAGUCCACCACUUGUUGCACUUGUAGUGCAACAUGUGACACGCACUUGUGCAGUUUCUUGUGUAAUAUUUUGAUGUAAAACAACUCAUGUACUGUAUAACAUGUUGCACUGCUAUGUUCACAUGCUACUUUCUUGUGUUA